GGGCAAGACAAGUGGCCUUGGCAUAGUUACAUUGAUGCUUGUCAAGCACUAAAUACUUAGUUGGCUUAAUCUAUCGCUCAAGAUGCAAGUUAACUGACAUGGUUACUGCACAAUAGGUCGCCUAUCGUUCACUCGUAUCUGCAUUGACAUUGGAUGCCCCCUACCCAUGGCUUCACCACGGCGCCUUGUGCCCCUUUUCGGCUUCGGCUUCUUUCUUUUCUUCCUUUUCGGUCUCUACAAUCUCUCCAAGCAAUGGAAAAAUGUGCCACAAGCUAUCGGGUUGGGUGAGAUGGUAUACCCGCCCUCUGCAACACCGUCUGGACACUGGAAUAUCAGCGCCGCACCCUCGAGAGAACCCUACGCUCCUCGACCCCAGUUCAUUCCUGGAGUUCUAAGACCGGAGGGUUACGAAUAUACGAAAAUUUUGGUGGUGCCGCGGACUAGCAGUGAGGAUGCGUCGUGGAUCGAACGGGAACUUCCGCUGUGGCAGUCUGCCGUCUAUGUUGUCGACGACCCCUCUGCGCCAUUACACCCACCAAAGAACAAAGGACAUGAGGUAAUGAUCUACCUCAGCUACAUCAUCGAGCACUAUGAUCAACUGCCGGAUAUUAUGGCUUUUAUGCACGCGCACCAGUUUGCGUGGCAUAAUGAUGACCUUUUCGGGGGGAACGCGGCUGAGAUGCUGCAACGCCUCAACCCAGAGCGGGUGAUUAGGGAGGGAUACAUGAACUUGCGUUGCGGUUGGGCCCCUGGUUGUCCUGACUGGCUGCACCCUGGUACCUUGGAGCCAGACGCCUCUAAACAGGAGGAAGUCCUGUUGGCUAGGUCGUGGGGAGAGAUCUUCCCUGAUGACCCCAUCCCGGAUGUGCUAGCGCAGCCUUGCUGCGCGCAGUUCGCUGUCUCCCGCGACCGAGUUCUUGCCAUUCCCCGCGCACGUUUUGUCUUUUACCGGGACUGGAUCCUCCGCACUGAACUGAGCGAUUAUAUCUCCGGUCGGAUUUGGGAAUACCUUUGGCAUGUUGUUUUCACUGGCCAAAAUGUAGUAUGUCCCAAGGAACAUAUCUGUUACUGCGACGGCUAUGGAAUUUGUUUUGGUGGAGAGGAAGAGUACUCAAACUUCCGGAAUCUAAAUACUGAGCGAGAGAGGUUGGAGGAGGACCUCAAGCGAUGGCGUAGCCGUGCGAAUGUUAUCGAAUCUGCUCGGCUACGUGGUACCCUCGGCGAGAAAAGCCACCUCACUGUUCCCGAUCCUGGACAGGAUAUCAUCCUUGAAGAUGAGAUUUUUGCUAAGGAGCAGCUAAUGGACGAUCUGCUGUUUAAUGCUAGUGUACGGGGACAAGACCCGGCUGCCAGAGCCUUAGAAGCGGGGGCGAAGGUGAGGUGACGAAUCUUCUAUUUUCUUGUCUAUA